CUUCUUCAACCACUGCGAGGUGAAGCUUUAACUUCAGAAUUGGAGGUGGGCUGUGUGCAGUAAACUGGAAUGCUCUCUCGCUCUCACUUCUCAGUGUAGGAGUCAUCCGAAGCAGGACAAGCUCAGCCUGCAGCUGCUGUUGGCUUUGUGUGGACUGGAUGCGGAGCUUGGGAGAGGGGGGAGGGCUUUUACUUCAGAUCCCAGUCAGUGGAAUUACAGCUAUAGCGGCAGUAUAUAUAGGAUUGCUAUUUCUCGUCUUCCUGGAGAUUCUCAAACUCUGUCCAUAUAAAAGAAGAGAACUAUUAAGGAAAUCUAGUAUGCUUUUUUUCAUGAAGAAUAUCUGAACUGAAUUGUCUUUACCUGUUAAAAAGAAUACCUGUUCUUGCAUAACGUGACUGCACUAAGAAUUCUAAGAAAGCAGCAAGAAGCAAAAGCUGGAAAUAGCUAUUUCACAACAGAGGUCUGAAGUAACAGAAGCUACCUUAUAUAAAGAACUCAACACUGCUGACCAUGAUCAGUCCAGCCUGGAGCAUUUUCCUCAUGGGGACUAAAAUUGGGCUGUUCCUUCAGAUGGCACCUCUGUCAGUCAUGGCUAAAUCAUGUCCGUCUGUGUGUCGCUGUGAUGCAGGUUUCAUAUACUGCAAUGAUCGCUUUCUGACAUCCAUCCCAACUGGAAUACCAGAGGAUGCUACAACUCUCUACCUUCAGAACAACCAAAUAAAUAAUGCUGGGAUUCCCUCAGAUUUGAAAAACUUGCAGAAAGUAGAAAGAAUAUACCUAUACCACAACAGUUUAGAUGAAUUUCCUACCAAUCUUCCAAAGUACGUAAAAGAAUUACAUUUGCAAGAAAAUAACAUAAGGACUAUCACUUAUGAUUCACUUUCAAAAAUUCCAUACCUGGAAGAAUUGCAUUUAGAUGAUAACUCUGUCUCUGCAGUUAGUAUUGAAGAGGGGGCAUUCCGAAACAGCAACUAUCUUCGGCUACUUUUCCUGUCCCGGAACCACCUCAGCACAAUCCCCUGGGGUUUACCCAGGACUAUAGAAGAGCUACGCUUGGAUGAUAAUCGUAUAUCCACUAUCUCAUCCCCAUCUCUUCAAGGUCUUACUAGCCUAAAACGCUUGGUUUUAGAUGGAAACUUGUUAAACAACCAUGGAUUAGGUGACAGAGUUUUCUUCAACCUUGUCAACUUAACAGAAUUGUCACUAGUGCGAAAUUCCCUGACUGCUGCACCAGUAAACCUUCCAGGCACAAACCUGAGGAAGCUUUAUCUUCAAGAUAAUCACAUCAAUCGGGUGCCCCCGAAGGCGUUUUCUUAUCUAAGACAGCUGUAUCGACUUGAUAUGUCCAAUAAUAACCUAAGUAAUUUACCUCAGGGCAUCUUUGAUGAUUUGGACAAUAUAACCCAACUGAUUCUUCGCAACAAUCCCUGGUAUUGUGGGUGCAAAAUGAAAUGGGUACGUGACUGGUUACAAUCACUACCUGUGAAGGUCAACGUGCGUGGGCUCAUGUGCCAAGCCCCAGAAAAAGUCCGGGGGAUGGCUAUCAAGGACCUUAAUGCGGAACUCUUUGAUUGCAAGGACAGUGGGGCUGUAAGCACCAUUCAAAUAAUCACGGUAAUACCCAACACAGGUUAUCCUGCUCAAGGACAGUGGCCGGCACCAGUGACCAAACAGCCAGAUGUUAAGAACCCCAAGCUCACUAAGGAUCAGCGAACCACAGGGAGUCCAGCAAGAAAAACAAUUACAAUUACUGUGAAAUCUGUCACCUCUGAGACAGUUCAUAUCUCUUGGAAACUUGUCCUACCCAUGACUGCUUUAAGACUCAGUUGGCUCAAACUGGGUCACAGUCCAGCAUUUGGAUCUAUAACAGAGACAAUAGUAACAGGGGAUCGCAGUGAAUACUUGAUCACAGCCCUGGAGCCUGAUUCACCCUAUCGAGUAUGCAUGGUUCCCAUGGAAACCAGUAAUCUCUAUCUAUUUGAUGAAACUCCUGUUUGUAUUGAGACCGAAACUGCUCCCCUUCGAAUGUAUAACCCUACGACCACCCUCAAUCGAGAACAAGAGAAAGAACCUUACAAAAACCCCAAUUUACCUUUGGCUGCCAUCAUUGGUGGGGCAGUGGCUCUGGUGACCAUUGCCUUACUUGCUUUAGUGUGCUGGUAUGUUCAUAGGAAUGGAUCACUUUUCUCAAGGAACUGUGCAUACAGUAAAGGGAGAAGGAGAAAAGAUGACUAUGCGGAAGCCGGCACUAAGAAAGACAACUCUAUCCUGGAAAUCAGGGAGACUUCAUUUCAGAUGCUACCAAUAAGCAAUGAACCAAUCUCAAAGGAGGAGUUUGUAAUACACACCAUAUUUCCUCCUAAUGGAAUGAACCUCUACAAAAACAAUCACAGUGAAAGCAGUAGUAACCGAAGCUACAGAGACAGUGGUAUUCCAGAUUCAGACCACUCACACUCAUGAUGCUGAAGACUCACAGCAGACUGUGUUUUAGUUUUUAUAAACCUGAGGGAGGUGAUGGUAAGAUCCCUGCAAACACUGCAAAACACUGGUAAAAGAGACUGAAAAAAAGCAAUGUACUGUACAUUUGCCAUCUAAUUUAUAUUUAAGAACUUUUUAUUAAAAGUUUCAAAUUUCAGGUUACUGCUGCGAUUGUAGUAGUGGAGAGGCCUGAAAACAAUUCUAUAUUUUAGUAUUUUUUAGUAAUUUGUACUGUAUUUUCCUUGCAAAUAUUGAAGUUACAAACUAUUUACUUUUGUGUUCUACUGAGUAAGAUGACUUGUUGACUGUGAAAGUGAAUUUUCUUGCUGUGUUGAACAAUCAGGACUGCAUUCACUGAGAUCCUUGUAGUAUAAGCACAGGCCAUUUUUCACUUUGGUAUUAAUGAAAUGUAAAAACACAAAACAAUAAAACAGCUGAAUGAGAAAAAUUGAAUUUCAAAGUUAUGAAAUAAUGAUAAAAUUGUAUUAUCCCAAUGGUAUUCAAGAAAUCAAACUCUGUGAAGUAAUGGGCAAUCGCUAACUUGCGGCCUAUCUCUUUUUGCUCUAGGCAAAUUAAAUAUCUUUAAAAAGUAAGCAUAGCUUCUGAGCUGACUAUAUACCAGCUGGCAUAAAAGAAUGUGAAGUCUGUUAGGACCCUUGUUAACAAAGCUCUGAGAAUAACGGACUUCACAAAAACAAUAAUUUAAGUGUGCUUCCAAGUUCAACAGAAAAAAUGUAUACUUAGGAAAACUAAACACCUUGACUUGCAUAGUGUAAUGAACACAAAUACCAGAAAUGCAUUUGGGUUUUACUGUUACCGUCUGAGUUUUAAAAAAUGCGUCCUAAAUACAUCAUCACUAGUGUAUACAAUGAUUUUUUUCAUAGAGGAUAUCAAAAAGGAGAGUUAUACAUAUUAAAAAGGUUGUGUAACCAUGAACAAUUUUCUUGAACAUCCAGAGAAACUUGUACUUGAAAUAGGUGAGAAUUAAAAAAAAAAAAAAAAAUACUAGCAAUCAAAUGUAGAUCUGGUAUAUGUGAAAUGUUUCCACAUUGUACAUAAAUUUUCUAUUUAUUUUCACAUGAUCAAGAAUACAGCCCAUUACUGUCACAGGUUCCCAAAUAAUACAUAAUGAACUUGAAAUGUAACAUUUCUUUCAGGCUUCCAACUGAAUUGUGAGCUAUUAAUUGUUUAAAAACCACAUCACUUUUCUGUUGCCAUAAUAUAUAUAUAUAUUUUUUUCCAACAAAAAACCAAAGUGCAUUGUACGCCCUUUGGCCAGUCUUGUAUGUGCCUUGAUCCAAUGCUACAUGUAUUCAGCUUUUAAAACUCGAUAAAUUUUUCAUACUUCCUUAACUAUGAAAAAUUAUGGUCUUAUUGCUGAAUAAAACUUCAAAAAAAAAAAAAAAAGUACAGAAAAAUUGUGCUUGCUUUUUCGGGAUUAUGUUACUAUCACUAAAGUAGCAAACUUCCCAGCACAUUAGUCCUAAACACCCCAUGUAUUUUUCUAGGCAUAAAAAUAAAAGUUGGAUACAAAUAAAAAAU